AAUAAAUAUUUUUUUCUUUUUUUUUUCGAAAUGCACUAAUUCGAGAAUUAUUUGUUGAAUAAUUCUCGUUUUGCUUUGAUGGUCCGCCUGUCGGUAAAAGAGAGCUCAUCCCACCUAAUAGAAGUUGUGGUGGGAGAAGUGUUCGGCUGCUCCGAAAAAUACGCCGCAAAAUCGGCCAUUUCUUUUCUGAAUGCCAAGAAUAAAUGGAAAGUACGGAGGAGAGUGAGGUAGGCCACGUGGCCAAGCGUCUCACCGAUCAAGAACUUCAGAAAAUGAGGGCUCAAGACUCCAGACUAGUACCGGAGCAUCGUGCAAAUCUUCUCGAGAAAGAUGCCAGAAAGUAUUGGGAUUUGUUCUACAAAAGAAAUACCACGAGUUUCUUCAAAGAUCGUCAUUGGACAACUCGAGAAUUCCAAGAAUUAUUGGACAUUGGGACAGCGGAUGGUGGGAGUCUCGUUGAGGUGGGCUGCGGUGUUGGAAACUUGAUUUAUCCUUUAUUAGAAGAUGGAUUGAGAUUUGAAAAAAUUUAUGCCUGCGAUUUGUCGCCCAGGGCUAUCAACUUUGUAAAGGGACACAAACUGUACGAUCCAGACAGAAUAAAAGCCUUCCAGGCAGAUGUUACUACUGAUAACUGUUUCUCUGAAAUCACCAGCAGGGUUGAUGUAGCCACACUGAUAUUUGUUUUAUCUGCAAUCCAUCCUCAAAAAUUCCAAUUUGUUGCCAAGAAUCUCUUUGGAAUACUCAAGAGCGGAGGAACUGUUCUAUUUCGAGACUAUGGACUUUACGACAUGGCUCAGUUAAGAUUCAGGCCUGGGAAUAAGAUCGCGGACAAUUUUUACAUGAGACAAGAUGGAACAAGAAGUUACUAUUUUUCCACAUCAGAAGUCGAAGAAAUAUUCCAAGCAAGUGGGUUUGAAAUGGUGACUUGUAUGUAUGUUCAGAGACGAACAAUCAAUUUGAAAGAAAACAUUGACGUCCCCAGAAUUUUCGUCCAAGCUACUUUCAAGAAGCCAUGAAAAAUCUAUCAUGGAUAGAG